AUGUGGUCAUCGACAUUGGCCAGCCCGUUCCACGCAUCGUAUGCGCUCACGCCUUCGCUGACCUCCUUCGCCUCUGCGGUGCCGCGCACGCUUAGUCCGUCCGUGCUGAAGGCCUGGUACUUGUCCUCGUCGACCGAUCCGAUGCACCCGGCGCUGUGGUUCUGCACCGCCACGAGCUUGAUCGUGUGGAUCCUUGGUGAAGUCACUGGUCAGUUCACGUCUUCCUCGUCGGCUCUGUAGCCGGCAUGCGGCCAGUGGCCAGGAUCCCGUUGCUCCGAUCUGCAAGGGGGAGCACCUCACGUCACCUCUGGGCCAGGGUCACCGAAGCGGCGGAUCUCUUGCAUAGGAGACAGCACUUGUGACCUUCAACAUGUGACUCGAUCAAAACUAUUUUAUCGUUCGGGGGAUCUAGAUCUGCCGAGCCAGUUCAAUCCUGUAUCGAUUGCUGGCACGCCCGUGAAAGCUUCUGGACCGACAUGCCCGAUUUUCACGGUCAAUUUGAAGUUCCGCGGCUGCUCAGGACAAGGUGUGCUGACACGCGGACUAUUCCUUCCUUCGUUCCUUUCAGGCAAUGUCUCGCAGGUCGAUCGGUACGUGCUUGGACCGGUGUCCUCCUGGAUCGACAGUGCCUCACCGGCAGGUUGCUCACCUUUACUGGCUUACCUGUACUCUUCACCGUUUGCAGGCUCUGGACGUUCCUUCCCGUUAUUUACUCGGCCCAUUUCACCUUGUGGCCCUACUUUACCGGUGCUGCCGGAGGCGUAAUUUCGGACCGCAUGCUUUUGGUGCUCAUCUUGCAGCUCGUUUGGUCCGCUCGCCUCACGACCAACACCUACCGUCGAGGAUUUUUCAACCCGUCAGUGCCGCAUCACAGCCGCCAAAGGUUAUCCAAACCCACAGGGAUUCUUGAGCUGACACAAGACAGUCUGGUAUUGUUCCCCUACUCGCUUUCGUUUUCGCAGGAAGAGCGAGGACUAUCGCUGGGAAGUCGUCCGAGCCAAGAUCCCCAACUGGGCGUUCAAGAUCCUCAACUUGACCUUCAUUGCGUUCAUGCAAAAUUGGUUGCUGCUUGCCGCCGAGUUGCCCCAGUACUUACUCCUGACCCUGCAUCUGUCGGGCAACAAGACGCCGGCCCUUGGUCUCGUCGACUACGCCCUUUCGGCGGUCUUUGUGGCGAUUCUGGCGAUCGAGAUGUUGGCCGACAACGAGCAGCAGAGGUACCAGGCGCUCAAGGCUCGAGCCAAGGGCAAGGACGUUAGUCAGCGUACCCAGAAAGAAGCCGCCGCGAUCGAGCGUGGAUUCGUCACAGGAGGCUUGUGGAGCUACUCUCGUCAUCCUGUACGUCCUCAGAUGAAAUCUGCGCCCGCUUCUCGUUUUGUCUGUGGGAGGGGCUGGCUCAUUUUCAGAACCCGAAUCUGUAUUUCGCACAGAAUUUUGCGUGCGAGCAAGCGACGUGGUAUGUCUUGUACGCUUUCACGAUCCUGCCAUUCGUGUCGGCUUCGAGCUACAGUUCGAUCCUCGCCUCUUCCAACUUGACCGAGCUCAAGAAUUACGGCUCCAAGCUCGCGUCGCAUAUCCCCUAUUUUAAGGACCAUCUUUUAUCGCACGUCGAAAAGCUGCGCGUGACGAACGUGCUUGACGAGGCCAGGCGACGCUACAAGACCGUCUACGGUCUCGAAGGAAUAUACUGGAACUAUGCGAUCUGGUCCCCUCUGUUGAUGAGCUUGCUCUUUUUCAACUCGACACUUCUGACCGAGGCGAUUUCGGCUGAAAAGUACCCGUCAGUCCCAUCUUUGCUGCUUGUCCUACCUAAACUUCCGAUCAGCUCACCCUGGCGAGAGGGCGCCUCCCUUUGAAUUAUACUAGGCUUUACAAGCAGUACCAGCGCCGAGUUUCCAUGUUCUGGCCCCCUUUGACGACACUCAAAGGACUCGGCCUAAUCGCGCUCGGCAAGAAGUCCAAGGUUGAGAAGGAUGUCUUUGGUAUCGGGUCCUCGGGCGGCAAGGUCAAGAAGCUUUGA